AGGGUCACCCUAUCCCUACACGCACGAAAGUUAAAUCCAUCUUUUUGGUUUCUCUAGUUUUCUUGUGAUUUGUAUCUUGAAAACAGAGAAAAGCAUAACAAGAGACAGAGCAUUUAAGCUCCUCUAACGGUCCCUCCCAUGUACUCCAUCCAUAUAGACAUAGAACUUCUUCACGCCACACCUUGAAUCAACAAAACGUGCUUUUGUAGUGUCUCUAUGUUUGUGAGACUCUUGAACACUUCAUCAGUAUUUCUUUUUUUGUCCCCUGUUCUGGAUUUUGUCCUCUGCAUGAAACAGAGUCCUCUGUUUUUCAAUCAUUGCUAUGAAGUAUAUGCGAUCAGACAGCUUGAAGAGGAUCUUUUUCUUUAGAAGAAGUGGUUCCAGGGAGCAUGUUCUGCUCCCCAUCGGUUUCAAUAGUGAAGAAAACGAUGUGAAGUUGGAGAUUCUUCCACUUCCACUUGAAGAACCUUCUCAUAAACCCACUUGGAAGUGUUUUUCUUAUGAAGAGUUGUUUGAUGCUACCAAUGGUUUCAGCUCAGAAAAUAUUGUAGGAAAAGGAGGAUAUGCAGAGGUUUACAAGGCAACACUGAAAAAUGGUGAGGAAAUUGCAGUGAAGAGGCUCACAAGAACUUGCAGGGAUGAGAGGAAGGAGAAAGAGUUUUUGACAGAGAUUGGUACAAUUGGUCAUGUUCACCAUUCCAACGUGUUGCCUCUUCUGGGGUGUUGUAUUGACAAUGGUCUUUACCUGGUUUUUGAGCUUUCUUCAAGAGGCACUGUUUCAUCUCUUCUUCAUGAUGAAAAAUUGGCUCCUCUAGAUUGGAAAACAAGGCAUAAAAUAGCUCUUGGGACUGCACGUGGCCUUCACUAUUUGCACAAAGGUUGCAAGAGGAGGAUAAUCCACAGGGACAUCAAGGCUUCAAACAUUCUAUUGACAAAAGAUUUUGAGCCAAAGAUAUCUGAUUUUGGACUAGCAAAAUGGCUUCCAUCUCAAUGGACCCAUCAUUCAAUUGCCCCUAUAGAAGGGACAUUUGGACAUUUGGCCCCUGAGUACUACUUGCAUGGAGUUGUGGAUGAGAAAACAGAUGUAUUUGCCUUUGGUGUGUUCUUGCUAGAAGUUAUCUCUGGUAGGAAACCGGUGGAUGGGUCUUACCAAAGCUUACAUACCUGGGCUAAACCAAUUUUGAACAAGGGCGAAAUAGAACAACUAGUAGAUCCAAGGCUUGAGAAGGCUUAUGAUGUGACACAGUUGAAUAGAAUUGCCUUUGCUGCCUCUCUGUGCAUUCGAGCAUCUUCAACUUGGCGACCUACCAUGAGCGAGGUAUUGGAGAUUAUGGAAGAGGGAGAGAUGGAUAAAGAGAAGUGGAAAAUGCCAGAAGAAGAAGAAGAGCAAGAGGAGGAGUUCUGGGGUUUUGAGGAUGAUCUGGAUUAUGAAUAUGAUAGUUCAUUUUCAAUGUCUUUGAUUGAUUCCAUUGGAAGUAACUAGGAUAAAUAUGAUAUACGGUUUCUAAUAGUAUGUCAUGAGCCAACUAUAAAGAAAUGGAGUAUUUUUUGAAUAGUUUAAGUCUAUCUCUAAUUGAGUUUCAUUUUUCAUUUUUUAGAGAGUGGAUGUGAAAUAUGUAUUACAAUUGCGAACUCCAUUACAAUACAAGAAGAAAAUGACAGAGUAUGGUUGUUACUUGUUUUCAA